AUGUCCCAAAUAUUGAAUGGGGCUGCCAAGCAAAUCAAAGAUGGUGUGACGAUGGCGCCUGCCUUCCGGCUGUCAUUGAAGGCCAAGGUCAGCGACAACAUGAGUCACCUCAUGGUGGACUUUGCACAGGAGCGCAGGAUGCUACAGGCACUCAAGUUCCUACCUGUGCCCAGCGCCCCUGUGAUUGACCUGGCCGAGUCCCUGGUGGCAGACAACUGCGUGACCUUGGUGUGGCGCAUGCCGGACGAGGACAGCAAGAUCGACCACUACGUGCUCGAGUACAGGCGGACCAACUUCGAGGGCCCGCCCCGCCUCAAGGAGGAGCAGCCGUGGAUGGUCAUCGAGGGCAUCCGGCAGACGGAGUACACCCUGACCGGUCUCAAGUUUGACAUGAAAUACAUGAAUUUCCGUGUGAAGGCCUGUAAUAAGGCAGUUGCAGGCGAGUUCUCCGAGUCGGUGACCCUGGAGACACCAGCGUUCAUGUUCCGCCUGGACGCGUCCACAUCUCACCAGAACCUGCGAGUGGAUGAUCUCUCCGUGGAGUGGGACGCCAUGGGCGGGAAGGUGCAGGACAUCAAGGCCCGCGAGAAGGACGGCAAGGGGCGCACGGCGUCUCCCGUCAACUCCCCCGCCAGGUAGCCUUCCCCCUGGCCCCCCUGGCCUCCCUGAGUUUCUGGUGGAGGAGAUCGGUUUGUGGGGGAGCCAGAGACAGUCGCUGGGGACACGCUGAUCGACGGCGGGGAGCAUUACUGGGAGGUGCGCUUCGAGCCGGACAGCAAGGCGUUCGGCGUGGGGGUGGCGUACCGCAGCCUGGGCCGCUUCGAGCAGCUGGGCAAGACGGCCGCGUCCUGGUGCCUGCACGUCAACAACUGGUUGCAGGCCAGCUUCACCGCCAAGCACGCCAACAAGGCCAAGGUGCUGGACGCCCCCGUGCCCGACUGCCUGGGCGUGCACUGUGACUUCCACCAAGGCCUCCUGUCCUUCUACAACGCCCGGACCAAACAGCUGCUGCACACUUUCAAGGCCAAGUUCACACAGCCACUGCUGCCCGCUUUCACGGUGUGGUGCGGUAGUUUCCAGGUGACGACCGGCCUGCAGGUCCCCAGCUCCGUGCGCUGCCUGCAGAAGCGGGGCAGUGCCACCAGCAGCUCUAACACUAGCCUCACCUAG